UGUCGAAACACCCUUCCAGUGGAUGCGUGUCCUCCCACAGUGCACACCGAGGCGCGCCGAGAAGAACAACCCCCCGCACGGUCACCGACACCCGGACGAGCACGAUCGCGUCCCUCGGGCCCUCGGAGCUCUCCUGCCGGCGUCGCUCUCCGCCCCCUCGCCGUCCCUUCGGAAGGUCGGACAACCAUGUGAAGCUUAAAGCAAUGGAAACAGAGGCGUCUACCUUCAUGCGGCGUCCCCGCGGGGCCGAUUCCGCCGCCUGCGCGUAGCCCCGAGGCAGCGAUGGAGUCGGCCGAUGACCUGAACCUCUCCUUCCUGCUGGAGCACGAGCGAGACAGCAUCCUGAAGGUGCUGCAGAAGGACGAGAAGCUGAGGAAGCGAGAGGAGAAGAGGAUACGGAAGUUGAAGAACGAGCUGCUGGAGAUCAAACGCAAAGGCUCCCGGCCGCCGCGGGAGUCGGCGGAGCGUCGGUGCGCUCGCUGCGUCAAGACGCUGGGCCUAAUCUUCGACCGCGGCGAGCUAUGCGACGAGUGCCAGCUGCGCGUGUGCAGCGAGUGCCGCGUCUCCACUCCCAAGCGCCGCCGGUGGAGGUGUAACGUGUGCGCGAAGAUCUCGGAGUUGAAGGUGGUGACGGGCGAGUGGUUCCUGGAGGAGCGAUCGAAGCGUUUUGAGCACAAACUGUUGAGCAGUGACGUGGUUAAGCAAACAAUCCUGAGGAGCCCGACAGCCGCGGAGGAUGGAAAGUCCCCGGAGAAGUUGACGCUCCGUCCUGAGGCGGGGCCGUCCGAGACGCCGAAAUCCAGCAGGACUUCCAAACGUGUUGUGGAUGGACUGAGAAAGAGAGGGAGGAUCAGGAUGGAUAAAGUGGGCAGCAGACACUUGAGGUCAGAAAACGGCGUCGGCGGCCUCAACGUCAAAUCCGCUUCGGACGGAGACGCUCGCAGCGUGCGAAGCGUUCGCUCCGCUCCGGAUUAUCAUGCAAACAGCAAAGUCACUUCGGCGUUGGACCCCUCCGGCGCGCCGACCGCGCUCAACAACCGACGUUCCGAAACUCCCGACAGAUAUUCCACCGCCAGCAGCAACCGGAGGGUCAGGCCGGACGGAGCCGAGAGCGUUUGCAGCUUCCACUCCAGCGGCAGCGCGCCUGAGAAGAAAGCCUCAGGGAAUCACGGGAGAGGCGACGGUGCUCCGACCAUUUCCGUGUCCCGGGCUUCGGUGUCGUCAGAUCACAGUCGCUCCGAGAUGGACCUAUCGGCUGCGAGUUCAGAACACAGUGACGACACCUUCAGCCUCAGAAGCCGCUCUGUGCCCGGCCUCAAUGAGACAGAGUUCUCCGACCAGGAGGCCGAGGAAGACAUCGACGCCCUGAUGUCGGCCCACAGCCGGACGGCCGGACGCCGCCUCGGCAACGCCGUGUCCACGUCUUCCCCUCCUGCCUCAGAGAGGAGGUGGGCCUUCCUCAAUGUCCCCGACUCGGACGCUGAGACAAGUAGCAUCAGCAGUAUGAUGAGCAUGUACAGCGAGACGGGCGACUACGGCAACGCCCGCAUCAGCGGCGAGAUCCUGUUGAACAUCAGCUACAGCUACAAGACGGGCGCCCUCAACGUGCUGGUCAAAGAGUGUCGCAAUCUGGCCACGGGGGACGAGAGGAGGCAACGCACUGACGCGUACGUGAAGACGUACCUGCUGCCGGACAUGUCGCGCCAGAGCAAGAGGAAGACGAGCGUCAAGGCCAACAGCAUCAAUCCUGUUUUUAACGAGAACCUGAGGUAUGUGAUCAGCCACUCGCAGCUGGAAGCGCGUACCCUGCAAGUGUCAGUGUGGCACCACGACCGCUUCGGGCACAACAGCUUCCUCGGAGAAGCGGAGCUGACUUUUGACUCCUGGGAGUUCGAUUCCCAAUUAGAUGAGUGGUUCGCUCUGCAGCCCAAGCUGGAGAACAGCAUGGAGGCCACCGUGCAGUACAAAGGAGAACUGACCGUGGUAUUGAAGUACAUUCCUGCAGAGAAGAACCUCAUGCUGCCUCUGGACCAAGUACAAGUCAAGAAAGGCUUCCUGAAAGGCAAGAAGAAGAGCACCUUCACACCACCCAAAGGGGGCAUGGUUGAGCUGCUCGUCAAGGGGGCCAAAAUAACUGCUGUCAAGUCCGGAGGAACGUCUGAUCCUUUCGUCAAAGGUUACCUCCUGCCGGACAGCAAGAAGUCCACUAAGCACAAGACGGCGGUGGAGCGUCGCACGGUGAACCCGCAGUGGAACCACACUUUCACCUACUGCGGUCUGCAGCCAGGAGACCUCGACAACGUGUGUCUGGAGCUCACCGUGUGGGACAAGGAGGCCCUGGCCAGCAAUGUCUUCCUGGGCGGAGUCAGGCUGGGGGCUGGAACAGGCACAAGUUACGGGAACGAGGUGGACUGGAUGGACUCGUACGGGGAGGAGCGGCGACUGUGGCAGCGCAUGAUCGAAAAUCCAGAAGCGCCCCAGGAGUGUACGCUCAUGCUGAGGUCCAGCAUGCGCAAGUGCACCACAUGCACCGCGUGAGCCCGGAUGGAUUACAAACACGAGACGUGUUUCCAAACAGGCGGUACAGUACAGCUCGGAAGAGUAAAACGCCAUCUGGCUUGUAUUUGGACCCUGUUGUACCACUCGGUUUCGUCUGGGAACCAAACACGAGUCUUUCGCACUGAGAUCUCGCAAACAUUUGUUGUUGUUUUUUAAGCAGAACCCAUGGAAGGCAGGUUAUUGCCGCAUCUGUGUGCCCUUCCCACACUGCAAAAACUGGGCUUCAUUUAAGCAACGUUCUCUGCCAAUUGAAGAGGAAAACUUCACUACGUAGCUAGCCUCAAAAACCUCCCGCGAUGUCUUAAAACUAGCGCAUUUGUACUACAGUAUCCUGAUGGGACAAGCUGAAAGUCGCAACAACAACUUGGAAUUAUAUAAAUGUGUUUCAGAUCGUCCCAUCGGGGGUCUUUAUUCUUUAUAUUUUGUCUUCAUUUCAGAGAUGCAUUGUUGUUUCGAGUUUAGCUUUUGCUGUGUGGAUGUGUGACAACGUCAGAGCCGGAACAGAAGAACCUGGGAUUGAUCCGUCUUUGCCUUUUCUGCAUUAACCACUAAAGGCUGAAUAUUGCCGCAACUAUGCGCGAUAGAUUGAGAUGUGUGACGACAUCAGCACAAAGUGGUGCAUCGGCGCCAUAACAGAAGAACGUAUUUUUCUGUCUCUGCCAUUUACCCAAAACCCAGCAAGGCGGGAUGCUAAUUGUUAUUAUUAUUAUUAUUUUUAUUUUUUUUUCUCCCUUGGAGUCUCUUUCACGCACAGAUCUCGCUAAAUUGCUCUGCUGGCUGUUACAGCGCUGAGACUACCUCAGAACACAGAACUACACUGAACAGCAAGACGAGGAAAAAAAAAAAUCAUUUUUAACAUCUAGCUAACUAUGGCUGACACGGCCUUUUUUUUUUUUUUUUUAAAUAAAUACAAGACAUGAGUCAAAGCACUGACAAAUGGUAGCGAAGGCACCCCCGUGAGCAAGCCACCUCUGCUUUGAAGCACAUACUUGCAAGUACAAUGAGUGAACGUGUCUGUUUUUCACCGUUGAGAUAGCUAGCUAGCGAGCUAGCUUUCCAUUUCCAAGAAGCUCUUUAACACAAUAGCAAAGCACCUACGGCAAAUGCAAAUACAGCGGUACCUUGACUUACCAGUGCCCCAACUUGCUUGGUGGAUUAUUAUUAUUAUUUUUGGGUUCAAGCUUCAAAUACGUUGCUGCUCAAGUGAAGUGAAAAAUAAUAAUGGUAGUAAUGCCCUCACAUGCGGACAAUGAGAGCAACAUUAGCCGAGGAACUUGCAGCUGUUGAUUGGAUGGGACAAACUGUCAAACACACAAAAACGAGGGGCAGUCAAAAAGUAAUGAGCCCAAUUUAAUUUCACCUACUAACAAUUGUUUUUUUUCCCCCUGAAAUGUUCACAGUUUGUAGUUUAAAUAGUUGUUUGGAAGUUUAUUUUAAAAAAAUAAAAAUAAAAAUGUUUCUUCCUGUCAGCCAUUUUUGGAACUGCUGUCAUUGGUGGAAGCAGAGAGCGGUGAUUGGACAUCUCGCUUUGGAUGGGGGAAGCCCUACUCAACAUUUUCAAAAGGUUACUAAAUGUGAAUGAGGGAAGCUCCAGGAGGCUACAGCACAGUCAAAAAGUCAAAGGCCUCCGUGACCAUCUUCGGCAGUUAAUCGUGGGACUCGCGCGAUGGUCCAGAGUCACCGUUUGUCCAUCCCUUAUCCCCUCUGAAUUAAACUCGUAUGUCAAGGCACAGCCGCUACACGUUUGGUAGUUGCAGAUGCAUCGGACAUUCGGUUGACGUGUCGUCGUCGUGAGCAUCUCAGCAUGCUAAUGUUAGCAUUUAGCUCAAAGCACCACCGUGCCUAUAAAGCACAAGCUCACACUGCGCAGUCUCGCUGGCAUGAUUUUGUCUCUCCUCGACCUUUAGAUUCAAUAGAUUGUAACUCAUUGAUCAAUAUUUCUUUGAGGACAUUCCGUGCCUGCUUUGGAAGGGAAAAAAAAAUAUCUGGCAAAAGCAAGUACCUGACUUAAUCCAGCGUCGAUGUAAAUGUAGAUAACACUGUAUCAGUGUGACCAAUUAGCUGCAUGCUCGUAGAGGGAAACAUGAACAAAAGAGCACACGGGAAGUUGAGCACUGAUAAACCACAUCGUCGCAGGACUGUGAUGGCGACGCUUCCAUCUGAGAGGGCUCGCUGGCCACUUACAAAAAAAAACAUGGCGCCGAAUGAACCCCGUACAAGCGUUUUCCAAUGAUUAUAACGAAUGCCAGUAUGUGUGCGUGUGAUAACAUACCAUUCCUGCACUACUAUUAAUAAUAAAUGUACGACAUGAUUUUAGAUGACAAGCUCAUGCAAUACCAGACUGCCGACUUUUGAUGUACAGCAUGUGUUAGCUUGUGUGUCUGGUUUCUAAUGUGUCUAAAUCUAUUUCAUCCCAAUGCAAGAAUAUUUUGAAAAGAAACAAUAAAAGCCAUUACACCGA